AUAUUUUGAUGGCACUGCUCAAGGUGUGCGCCUUGGAACGCCGACGGAAAAACUCGCGUGAAAAUUGUGAAAAUCGAAAGCUAGCUGCGCCAUGUACUGCACCACCCGACUGCUCAGAUACGUUCUGUGUGUCAUCAGUGGCAUCUGUGCCCUAGGUGGCUGCCUGCUCAUCUGGUACGGCGCCUGGCUGCUGGACAGCCUCUCCGAGGAGCAGCGGGUGCUGGGAAUGGAUCACGGCGAGGACCUGGCCGCCGUUCUCUGCGUCCUGCUGGGUACCGUCAUCGUGGUGGCCACCAUCUUCGGAUCAGUGGCUGUGGCCAAGGACUCCAGAACGCUGUUGAUCUGCUACGCCGUUUUGCUGGUGUUCCUCCUGAUCGUUCAGAUUGUAUUGGUCAGCAUAAGCUAUGCCGCCAGCCGAGAUUUCCUACCAGAUUCUUUGAGGCAGGGACUCGAUGAUCUGUGGGACUUGCAGCACGAGGGCAACAGUACACUGAACACCUACGAGGAGUGGCUUCACUGCUGUGGCCGCAACAAUGCCGAGGACUACCUGCACUUGGAUAAGUUGCCUCCUCCCAGUUGUUGUCUCAAUCGGGACUGCACCAAGCACCUGAAUCUCUUCAUGACAGGCUGCGAAGUAAAGUUCAAGGAGUAUGUCACCUCAAAGACAGCCAACUUCCACUCGCUAAGUUGGUUCCUUGUUAUCUUCGAGUUCGCCGGCUCGGUGACCACCUGCUACCUGGUAGACAGCAUUCGCAAUCAACGCGACCGCAUAAGAUUCUAUAAUUAAGAUAGUAAUUAGGGAUUUGCAUGAACCAACCGUAUUAUCGUUAUUUGUUGUGAGUAAUUUCCUAGCCAUACGGCCCUGGCGAAUUGUGAUUGUAGUUUACGAUGAUUAACCAAGUUAGGCUACAGAUACCAAGUAUUCAUUCAUAAAACUGUAAACUGGCACCCACGCCCACGAAAUAAUUCGAAACGAAAAUAAAUAAACCCGUUGCCAUUGACUAAACUAAA